CCAGGAGGCACCAAACUGUUAGCGACAAAAACGCAGCUCUCGGUGACUCCCACUACCCUCCCACCCGCACUCCAGGCAUAUUUUGGAGGCGGCAGGAGCGGUGGCAGGAUGUGAGGCGAGCCUGGAGCUCAUUUCCAGGCGCCCCUCCCUCUUCGGAACUAAGGGAGACUUAUAGGCUUUUGCUCACUGACUGUAGGGUUCCCGGGAAAGACUGGGGAAGUGAACAGGAGGGAGGGAGGUGGACAGGCAGAGUCUGCACCUGCCUCCUGCGCCUCCCUUAGGGCGACAGGGCAGCUGGUGUUUCGCUCCUUCUGGAGUGUGCCUACCUUGCAAGUGGCGCGAGGGCCACAGGCUGAGGCGCCCGCGUCCAGGCGUGCACCGCUUGGCCGAGGCAAGGUGUUGCUGGAGCAAGGCUGCUCCGAAGCGAAGUCGCGCAAAAGGAAGAGUCUGGGAGGCAGGCGACUUAGGAGAGUCUAGUCACUAAGAGACAGAGAGAGGCGGCAUCUGCCAUUCUAACUGCGGAGCUGAGUGAUUUAGAAACCCUCCUUAACUCUCCCUUUCCAGCUUUCCCCAAAGUCCACAGAAGCUCUGCUGAACUCUAGAAAUCUUCCCUGGCCGGGGGGAAGUUUCCUGGCAUCAUCGUUGGCUAAGACAGGUAGUGGAGAAAACAGUCGGGGCUGUACUGGACGCUGUUUGGGGAGACGCGAUCUUCCUCUCGCCCCCUCCAGCCACUCCGACUGCCCGGGAAGUCCCAGCCCACGCUCUCCGGAACCUGGCUCUCCAUCUCGCCCUGGACAUGGAACUACGCAUCUGAGACCUGCUGGACGUUUUGCUGCCUGUUUUGCAAGACUCAGCUGUCAAGAAAAGUGAAGGAUGAAGCCACCAUUUCUUUUGGCCCUUGUGGUCUGUUCUGUAGUCAGCACAAAUCUGAAGAUGGUGUCAAAGAGAAAUUCUGUGGAUGGCUGCAUUGAUUGGUCAGUGGAUCUCAAGACAUACAUGGCUUUGGCAGGUGAACCAGUCCGAGUGAAAUGUGCCCUUUUCUACAGUUAUAUUCGUACCAACUAUAGCACGGCUCAGAGCACUGGGCUCAGGCUUAUGUGGUACAAAAACAAAGGUGAUUUGGAAGAGCCCAUCAUCUUUUCAGAGGUCAGGAUGAGUAAAGAGGAAGAUUCAAUAUGGUUUCACUCAGCUGAGGCACAAGACAGUGGAUUCUACACUUGUGUUUUAAGAAACUCAACAUAUUGCAUGAAGGUGUCAAUGUCCUUGACUGUUGCAGAGAAUGAAUCAGGCCUGUGCUACAACAGCAGGAUCCGCUAUUUAGAAAAAUCUGAAGUCACUAAAAGAAAGGAGAUCUCCUGUCCAGACAUGGAUGAUUUUAGAAAGUCCGAUCAGGAGCCCGAUGUAGUGUGGUAUAAGGAAUGCAAGCCAAAAAUGUGGAGAAGCAUAAUAAUACAGAAAGGAAAUGCUCUUCUGAUCCAAGAAGUUCAAGAGGAAGAUGGAGGAAAUUACACAUGUGAACUUAAAUAUGAAGGAAAACUUGUAAGACGAACAACUGAAUUGAAAGUUACAGGUAGGAAUUCGUUCUACAAAAUUAUGGCAAAUGAGAUUUUAAGUAUAAUUUGGUUUGGGAAGCAAGAGUUUUUUUCAGAGUCAACUUUCUGUGAAUUUAGAAUUGCCUGCAAAUCAAACAGUUGAGAAACUUGCUAUUAAUGAGUUGUACUGAG